GCAGCGCAUCAUGGCGGCGGGAGCGCGGCUGCCCGGGCCCGGCGCGCUGCGGGGCUGCCGCCGUUGCUGCUGUUGAGAGGCGGCGGCGGCCGCGGCGCGGGCGGGCGGCCGGGAAGGAUGUGCAUUCUGCGGCCCGAGCCCCGGGCGCGCACCAGAGGCCGGGCUGAGGCGGGGCCGCAGCGACGUGCGCUCGGGAGCCGCCGGCGCGGGCGCCGCUGAGGCUGCGGCGGCGCGCGAGCGACGGGCGGACGGACGGGCGGCCAGCGGCCGGGCUGACGGACGGCGAGCAGGGCCGCGGGCGCGAUGCCGGCGCCGCCGCCGCUGCUGCUGCUGCUGCUGGCGGCCGCGGGGGCCGGGGCCGCGCCGCUCGGGCCGGCAGGUGCAGGGGAGGCGCCUGCUGUGGAAGUUUCCCCAUCCGCGGUGAUCCUGUCUUUCUGCAGCUUACUGCUCUUGAUCGUGUCCAUUGCCAACUGUGCGUCCUGCUGCAAGGACCCACAAAUCGACUUCAAGGAAUUUGAAGACAAUUUUGAUGAUGAGAUAGAUUUCACACCACCAGCAGAAGAUACUCCCUCGGUCCAGUCCCCAGCGGAGGUUUUCACACUCUCAGUACCGAAUAUCACCCUCCCGGCCCCGUCACAGUUCCAGCCUUCUGCAGAAGGUUUGAAGUCUCAGGUUGCCCGUCACAAUCUGAACUACAUACAAGAAAUCGGGAAUGGCUGGUUUGGAAAGGUUCUUCUUGGAGAGAUCUACACUGGCACUAGCGUAGCAAGAGUCAUAGUGAAGGAGUUAAAAGCAAAUGCAAGUCCAAAGGAACAAGACACCUUUUUGAGGAAUGGAGAACCAUACUACGUCCUCCAGCACCCAAACAUCCUCCAGUGUGUGGGGCAGUGCGUGGAGGCCAUUCCCUACCUCCUGGUGUUGGAGUUCUGUGACCUGGGCGACCUGAAGGCGUACCUGCGCCGGGAGCACGAGCACCUGCGGGGCGCCGCCCAGACCCUGCUGCUGCAGCGGAUGGCCUGCGAGAUUGCCGCGGGGCUGGCCGCCAUGCACAAGCUGCACUUCCUGCACAGUGACUUAGCUCUGCGCAACUGUUUCCUUACCUCGGACCUUAAUGUGAAAGUGGGCGAUUACGGGAUCGGAUCCAGCAGGUACAAGGAGGACUAUAUUGAAACAGAUGAUAAGAAACUGCUCCCUCUGCGCUGGACUGCCCCAGAGUUAGUGACCAGCUUUCAAGACCGACUCCUAACUGCAGAUCAAACCAAGUACAGUAAUGUCUGGUCCCUGGGUGUGACGCUCUGGGAGCUGUUCGCCAACGCUGCUCAGCCCUACUCCGGCCUCUCGGAUGCAGACGUCCUCCACCAGGUCAUCCGCCAGAGGGACACCAGACUCCCCAAGCCGCAGCUGGACCAGCCCUAUGCGGAGCGAUGGUACGAAGUGCUGCAGUUCUGCUGGCUGUCCCCGGACAGGAGGCCGGCGGCCGACGCCGUGCACCGGCUGCUCACCUACCUGCGCAUGCAGAGCCAGAGGGACUCGGAGGUGGACUUUGAGCAGCAAUGGAACGCCCUGAAGCCCAACAGCAGUGGCAGGGACACGGCCAGCAGUGCCGCCUUCCCCAUCCUGGACCCCUUCCCCCGGGACCGGCUGGGGCGGGAGAUGGAGGAGGUGCUGACGGUGACGGAGACCAGCCAGGGCCUGAGCUUCGAGUAUGUGUGGGAGGCGGCAAAGCAUGACCACUUCGACGAGCGUGGCUGCGGGCCCCCCGAGGAGGCCCUGUCCUACACGAGCGUUUUCUUCCCGGGGGAGGUGUUCGAGGGCGCGCUGUCGGAGCCCGGGCCGGGCAAGCUCGGUGGCGGGCAGGACGCCCCGCUCCGCGCGCCCGGUGUGGUGCCCGUGUUCGAUGCGCACAACCUCUCGCUGGGGAGCGACUACUACAUCCAGCUGGAGGAGAAGAGCGGGAGCCACGUGGAGCUCGACUUCCCGCCUGCGCUGCUCACCACGGAGAUGGACCCCCCGGGGAAGGGCCCCGGCGACGGGCCCCCGCUGGUGACACUCAGGAGCCUGGACCUGGAGGAGUCCAGCGUAGAUGAGGAUUUCUUUACGAGCACUGCGGACCCCAAAGACUCGGGCACCCCAGGGGACGCGCGUGCACCCGGCGCCCUGGACAGCCCCUUCAACAGUCUCUUCAGUGACCUAGACGGGGCUGAGCAGCUGCCCGGCCACCAGAAACUGUUUGACUUGUUGGACCUCAACGGGGUACAGGCCGACUUGAAGCCGUCGGCGCUGAUUCCGGGGCUGCGCGCCCCCGGGGAGCCCACGGCGGCCCACCCCUCAGAGAAGGAAAAGUCCCCGAAGCUCUUUGACCGAGAGCCGCUCUCCCUGGCGGGAGACCUACACCAGGGUCCCUUGGCCCACCUGGACGUGGAGGAGCUGGCGGAGAACUUUUUAUUUCUUCAGGAGAAAAACCUGCUCAGAGACUCGCCCUCCAGCCAGGGACAUGUGAGCGAUCUUCAGACAGAGCUGAGAAAUGCGGGUUUCACGGACGCUGUGCCCGACACGCCGCCCAGCAGUCUGGACACCAAGCGCCGGCUGGCGGGGGGCCCACAGGACGGCGAGACGGGGCUGAAGCUCCAGGCGGCCCCCCCCAGCCCCGUGCUGCCGCUGCCAGCGCCCCCCGCAGUGCAGGCACCACCUACCUCACUCGAAGCGAAGGGCACGCCUCGGAAGGGGCCCCCGGAAGGCCCCCUGCAGCAGGGAGAGCCCCCGUCCCCGCGUCCAGCCAUGGGGACCCAUGAAGACAGGCUGCCCCAAGAAACCAUUCCCGACCCUGCCCCCAUCCCCACCCAAGUUCCCACCAGCAGUGCCGGGAGCCAGGAGGCCGGGAAGGUGAGUACCGGGAGCGGCCAGGCAGAGCCGGGCGGGAACGCGCCACACGCGCUGCUCGCCAUGGAGCCUCCUGCAGAGGCAGUGGCCAGGGAGACCCUGGACCAGCCGAAGCGCCAGGACAUCGCUCCGGAGGCUGGCUUGGCGUCCACCCUGUCCUCGGACUCCGCCAGCCAGGACAGCCUGCUGGAGGACAGCCUGUCAACGCCCGGCCCCGCCUCUGCCUCCGAGCAGCUGGCCGACACCCCCGACUCGCUGGACUCACUGGACGGCCACGAGGUCCUGCUGGGCUCACUGGGCGCCCGCACACCCCAGAAGCCGCCGCCCCCUGACAAGCCCGCAGACAGCGGCUACGAGACAGAGAACCUGGAGUCCCCUGAGUGGACGCUGCACCCCACCCCUGAUGGCUCCUCGGCCUCUGAUGCGGCGCCCACAGGCCAUGGGCCGGGCAACCUGUCCCCCAAUCCCAUUAUUGUCAUCUCGGACAUGGCCGAUGGGCCCCAGGUGACCGCCCAGACUGCAGUGCUGGGGGCCCAGAGCUCAUACAGAGACUCCGCGUACUUCUCGGAUAACGAUUCUGAGCCCGAGAAGAAGUCCGACGGGGUCCCCGGCACCUCGACCCUGGCUGCAGAUGAGUCCUCGCCCGAGCUCCAAGCUCUGGAGCCAGUGGCUGACUCGGGGGACAGCUGCCCGGAUCCCCAUAGGAGCCCGCCAGGCCAAAGCCAUGAGUCCAGUUGGCCUCUGCCCGGCACCCCGGCCAGUGUCUCUCUGGAGGCGCAGCCCCCUGAAGAUGAGGCUAGCAGCCCCCCGAGGGCACUGCAUUUGGAGCCGAGCCACGGCGACGCCUGCGAGCCCCCUGGCGACCGGAUCUGCACUCUCGCCUCCACCGGCACCAACACCAAUGAGCUGCUCGCCUUCGCCGCCAGCCUCCGCGCGGGCAGUGCCCCGGAGCCGGGGGCCGACAAGCCCUUUGCUGGCCUCGGCGACGGCCCCAAGUUGAAGGAGCCAGACAUGGAAGGGAGGUUCCUGGGGAAGCUGGGCGUGGCGGGCGUGCUGGGCCUCGCUGAGGACGGCAUGGACGCGGACGAGGAGGACGAGGACAGCGAUGACUCGGAUGAGGACCUGCGGGCCUUCACCCUGCACAGCCUCAGCUCUGAGUCCGAGGACGAGACGGAGCAUCCGGUCCCCGUGAUCCUCAGCAGCGAGGACGGCCGGCACCUCCGCAGCCUCCUGAAGCCUGCCGCCGACCAGCUGCCCCCAGACUGGAAGAAGGACAGGAAGGCAGUGACCUUUUUCGACGAUGUCACCGUCUACCUCUUUGACCAGGAGACGCCAACCAAAGAGCUGGGGCCCUGCAGUGCGGCGGCACGGAGACCUGAGCGGAGUGGCGCGGCCCCCGGCCCCGGACCCCCCGGCUUCGGCAGGUGCAUGAACUCCGAGAGCUCCACCGACGAAGAAGGUGGCGGCUUCGAAUGGGACGACGACUUCUCCCCGGACCCCUUCCUGGCCAAGACCACCAGUAACCUGCUCGGCCCCAAGGCGGCCCUGCAGACGGCCAAGUACUUCUCCCCGCCGCCGCCGCCACCAAGGGGCCUGGAGCCCAGCUGGCCGCACGGGCCGCCCUACUCCAGGUUCUCCAUCUCCCCCGCCAACAUGGCCAGCUUCUCCCUCACGCAUCUCACCGACUCGGACAUGGAGCAAGGAGGAAGCAGCGAAGAUGGAGAGAAAGAUUAGGCCCCAAGCUGCUGGGGCGGGAGCAGUGUCCCCGCUGCCAGCCGAGCCACGACACGCGCGUGCCAUCUGCUGAGACAGGAGAGACUCAGAGGCAGAGGGAGGCCCAGCCGGGAGCACGUCUGACAAUCCACGUUCUGGGGGCCUCCGCCCCGCUGUCCGUGCAUGUGUGCAGGACGCAGCCGUGUUCCCUGCAUCCAGCCGUGCGUGCAGGACCGUGUGCAGGCCAGGACCCGCGCUGCAGUGGGCACCAGUGAGCCAUAUUGUUCUCUUCAAAGAAAUCACUGAUUGCUUCUGUAAUUGCACUGUGGACAAAUGCUCUCAGAGUCCCCGAUAUUGUACAGAACCCUAAAUUAUUCCAGGAAACUCUGGCAGGUCAAGCUGGUGCUAUCCACUAGUUUGAUUUUUGUUUUCCUUUUCUUUCUGUUUCACAGUGUGUUUGCUCUGCAUGGUACUUGUAGCGCUUAACUAUUUUGAGAGUUCUGCUGUCUUAGAGACGCUGGGGCUGUACAUACGGUACUUUUUCGUAAAUGAUAAAUGAUUCCGAAUGUCCGUGUUUUAUGUUCUGACAGGAAUAUUUUUGAGGAGUCCAAAAAGACUGCUCGGCUUUGUCGUUUGAAUGAAACCCAUUUUUGUCUCUUCCCCACUGUGGCUUCCAGUCUUACACGAGGCUUCUCUGAGAAGCCGCAGGGUCUUGCAGCCCCUCACGUGAUUCUCUCAUGCUGGCCCCCAGUUUUCUGAAACCCUUUUAGUGAAAGAGGAGGUGGUAGGCCAGUCCGUGGCUCCUUGUCCGACUGUUGCAUCCCCCCUUGCCCAGGGCACCGAGUGCCCUCCUCGAUGCUCGAUAGCCACCUUGUUGUCAGUGUCCACUGCCUGGGGACCUUCCCAGUGCCCCCCAGCGUUGCCGUGUCCCUUAGAGCCUCACGGCCAGCUCCCGGGGUGGCAUCUGCUACUGAGGAAAGACCCGGAUGCCCCACAGCUGCUGUGGCGGAGACCCGAAUUCCCGCAUGGUGCCCCCGUGCUCAGGCCAUGCCUGUCCAGGCUCUUCCAGGUCGCUGAGCCCGGGCCCUCAGAUGUGGGCCAGUACCGAGCUGCGCUGACACUGGAUGGCUCUCCAGGCCUGAGCGGCACCUGGGGGGCUCCAGGGCAUGGUGCAAGCAGUUACGUGGCCUCCGAGGUCCUGGCUCCCUGAAGGGAACCAGCGGGGCACCCCCUCCCUUUCUCUGGGUGAGGUGGGGCACGGGCACAUAGGCUGGGGCGAUUGACGGGGGUUUCGCCGCACUCACCCUUCAGUGUUUGGCUUAGGAGAAUUCAUUUUCUGCAAUUUUACCUCUAGCCGGCAGUCUGGUUGAGAGAGAAAAGAGAGGUGAUUAUACUAGUUUUCCAAAUGGUGGGUUCGCAUAGCCCCAAGUUAAUGACAAAAGUCACACAGAAUCCUGGAGUAGUCACCUUCACAGUCAGCCCAAGAGAACAAGAGAAAGGUAUUAAUCAUUGGGGCUGUACUUUUUUUUCUCUAAUUAAGGAGAUUUUUAACAUGAUUCCCAUUUUAUUUUAAGUCUACAUUACUCUCAUGAUUAAUUGCCAAAAAAUGCAUUUUGUACAUUGAGUUGGGGUGGGGGGUGGAACGGUAGAUAUUCUGUGGUGUUGCAUGGUGGGGGAGAUUUUAUAUUUAUAAUAAACAUGUUGGUUAACAUGUUAUUUUGAAACCUCAAGCAAUACACAGGAAAUAAAUUAUGUAGAUUAAAAUUCCCAGCCCAUUUCUGAAAUGGUAGCAUGUGCUUCGUUGUUGAUCCUUUUUUUUUUUUCCUGUUGUUGUUGUUUCCUUUUUGAAACCAAGUUGGUUCCUGGUAGUGGAUUUUCAUGCUGUAUUUGUUCCCCAGUAUGCAAUGCAGUGAAUCAGCGGGAUUCUCCUAAGUGAGGUGAGGCUCAUGAUUCCUGAGCCCCGGGGCCACUUCCGGCCCUCUCUGGAACCUGCCAGACUUUACUUAAUCUUACUUUGGUGGAGUUUACGCGUUUCAGAUCCUGUGGUGAAAAUAACCUUUCCUUUCCACCCUUGCCCAGAGGUUGAUUUGUGUUAUCAAAUGACCCUGUCAUAAGCCAGAAAGAGGAAUGAAGAAAGGUGCUGCCCAGGUCCGCCCUGGGGAGCGGAGCCUCUCGAGGAUGAAGUGGAUAGGAAACCGACCUUCCCUCUCAGAUCCCCUGGUCUGGGGAGAAAUGGCUUCGCCGGGCUCCACCUGACCGUCGCCUUUCCAUGCCUCGUCCUCGACCAGCAUUUCCCGCAGGUCUCUGCGGGGUUGAUGACCCGAGGGAGGCAGCUCAGCUGUUAGAGGGGCUGAGGUGAGUUGGGUCCUCGGAGUUCAACCUCAAGAACAGUUUUCCCAAGGGGCCGGGCUGUUAUUGGCUGUUAAGCUAUAAAAUUUUAAGGCUGUUAAAAUAUUCCCUUCAGGAUAGAACUAAACUCUUAAAAAAAAAAGUGUUGACAGUAUUGAAUUGCCUACAGCCUGUGUAGGGGAUUGGCUGAAAUAUGUUCAAGUUGUCUUGGUGGCCCGGGCUGGGUAGAGCUGAGCCCUGGACCGGCGAGGACUGCCGCUGCUUAGUUCAUUCCCCAGUGAGGACCCAAGGGCCACCCCGCCUGCAGGGCGCCGUGUCAGAGUUCAAGGCAAUAUAACCAUUAAUGAACUUUGAAUUUAAAUUGUGUACAUUUUUAAAUUGUAAGAUUUUUACUGUAUAUUGAUGCAUAGUGUGAUUCAAUAAAUUGCUUGUAAUUUAAAAACUAUUUAAUAUUCAAAAUAAAUAUAGAUAUAUAUUUAUAAA